AUGGGUGUAAAUACUAGUGCUGGGAAUAACAAACGUAAGAGCUGGACUCAGUAUGAACAAAUGAAAUUCUACUUUGAUAGGGGAGAUUUUGAGGUACUCCAACGGGGGAAGUGCUAUUUGGAUACAGUAUUGAAAUUGAACAGAGCUACUUUAGACCGGGAUCUGCCACACUUAAAUAUUCUCCCAUCAGUAACACAUGUUAUUACGAAAUUCUUUGGCUUGACGUCAUUAGUUUCCGGCUCCCAUCGCAAUGAAUUCAAAAUCACUCAUGAUAAGUUCGAAUCGUUGUAUGAUAAGUUCAGUGCGGAAGUUAAAUGUUACAUAGGUACAAAUAGGUACGAUGAAUUUAGACGACAAGGAGGUUACCUCAGAGUUCCUAUGAUCUAUGAGUCUCAAGCUUUAUUCUCUCAUGUAGAAAGACAAAAACACUUUCAACUUCUGCCAUUCGGCUAUCCACCACUUGAUCCACGAUAUGAAAGUAAAUUAAUAGCAUAA